GUUCCGUUUACAAAAGUAUAAACGCGUAUGUUCAGUAGCAAUAAUUAACUGAAUGAAAAAAUAAGGCGCUACAACAGUGGACAAUCAACGAUUUUAUGCAUAAAUGGAAUUACCGAAUUAAACUGGAAAAAGCCUUAAUAACAGACAGAUCACAGAAUUAAAUUGAACUGAGAGUUUAAUAAUAGUUCAUUCGAUGAUACUCUGAUGAUUUUCUCUUCUUAUGGUAAAUGAGAAUCCAUUUAGGCGAAAAGCCUGAUACGAGAUUUAAAAAGUUAUUUUAAAAAUAUAGUGUUCCAAUUUUAAAUAAUUCAUGGAAGUCAAUUUAGUGAUCGGUAGUGCGUUCUCAAUUACAGUUUACGUUUCUUUUUAUCCGAAUGGAAUUUAAGCCGACCAAUGAGGAUGCUUUUAUACUAUUUUGGUGGUGUUGAAUACAUUGAACGGAUUUACUGAAAAUGAGUCCAUUAUCAAGUUUCAGGAAAACUAAACGACAGAUAUCAUCAGAAAUGAUCCACGUGGAUGAAACCGAUCCAGUUGGAGAGAUCGAGCCACCCUUCCCCUGUCGUGAUGUCAGCAUCAAAAGGGGUACAGAUGUCAACGAGUUUUACGAAAUGCUCUCCGAGAUCGGCAGAGGCAAAUUCGGAACAGUAUACCUCUGCCGAGAGAGGAGCACAGGCUUAGAGCUUGCUGCCAAGCUGGUGUCAGUCAGCAGACGGGAUGAGAGACGGAAUGUGGAGCGUGAAGUGGAUGUCAUGAGGAGGCUUCGACACCCGAGGCUGAUACAGCUGUAUGAUGCGUACGAGUGGGGGAAAUACAUGUGUGUGGUGCUCGAACUCAUUACCGGUGGAGAGCUGUUUGAGCGAGUCAUAGAUGAAGACUUUGUGCUUACUGAGCGUGCUUGCACGGUCUUCAUGAGGCAGAUAUGCGAAGGCAUCGAGUUCGUGCACCGGCAGAACAUCUUGCAUCUCGAUAUGAAGCCAGAAAAUAUUCUCUGCCUAACAAAGCAGGGCAACCGCAUCAAGAUCAUAGACUUCGGUCUAGCCAGGUUCUACGACCCUGAGAAGAAACUCCAAGUCUUGUUCGGUACUCCCGAGUUCGUGGCUCCAGAAGUGGUGAACUUCGACCAGAUAGGCUAUGGCACUGAUAUGUGGUCUGUGGGAGUCAUCUGUUAUGUGCUGCUAUCAGGUCUAUCACCAUUCAUGGGCGAGACAGACAUAGAAACAAUGGCUAACGUCACCGUGGCCAAAUACGACUUCGAUGACGAAGCCUUCAAUGAGAUCUCCGAUGACGCCAAGGACUUCAUUCAGAAACUUCUUGUCAAGGACAAAGAGUCGCGGCCGGGCGCCACGGAGUGCCUCCGUCACCCCUGGCUGACGCGCCGCCCGCCCCCCGCGCCGCACGCCCCGCGCCGUCCGCCCAACCUGUCGCAGCCCGCCUCCAGCCCUGACGCCAAGAACCCGCUCGACGUCGCCAAGGACAACCUGCGACUCUUCGUUGAGCGCUGGAGCGAGCACCCUAACUCACCAUACGUAUUCGACAACCAAGCGCACGAAAUCACCAGCCUCGCCAACGGCAACUGUGAGCGAUCCUCAAUCGGAGGAUGCUCGCCUUCCCCUAGAAGUUCCCUCAGCAGCUCCCCCGAUGUAGUCUUCGAUGAAGACGACCUCGACCCGCCCCCACUCAGAGAACACAACUUCCUAUCUGCACCCAAAUACAACCCCGUCGAAAGGCGAGCCUCCGACAGCACCUGCUUCUUGCACAAGAAACAAGAUGUACUCGUUAGGAAAAACUUAGCAGAAGAAAUAAAGAAACUAUCCGACCACUUGUACAUGCUAUCCACAAUGAACACUGAUCUCGCAAAUAACAACAGCAUGAAUGAAGUAGAUAAAAAUGUUACGGAAACUAAAUCGACCAAAGAAGAAAAAUUACCUAACGGAUUCAAAAAGGAAACCAGGCACACGAAGAUAAUAACGAAUGGCGACGCGGCAGGUAAGGAGAAGAGACUGUUUACCUCAAAGUCAACGACCAAAAUAUCCUCAACAUUCUUAACGGAGAGAGAACCAGAGAAACCUAUGACGAGUAAAAUGCCGUGGGUCAAGUCAAAUAGGUCAAAACGAGUCACUAAUAUGAGUCGAGAUGUCCCAGACCAGCCUGUCGACGUGCGGAACAGCUUCUUCCAGGAGUUCGACAGACGAAGGGAGAAGAUAGACAAACUAGUAAAUGGAUCAGAGAAUGGGAGACAGAUGCCUUACAGAAGAGGUGACGAGAACAACGCGCAUCGGACGAAAGACUUGCUCUUACACCUUUUAGAGAAAUGGGGGGAAACUGAGGAAGUUGAGGCGGAGAGAACGGCAGGAGGAACCUCAAAUGGGGGCAGACAUCAGUCAAUAUCUUUAGAGUGGUCACCUUCAAACCAGUUGGGACAAACUUCCAUGUCAAGUCUCCACGCGUUCUUCCAAAGGCAGACUUCAGAUGAAAAGACGCAAAGGAAGAAAGUGACAACAAAUGUAGCGAAAUGACUCCGGUUGUGAGAAGUGCCAUGACACUAUGUUACCAAAGUAAGGUAUGAGAUUAGUAUGUUCUUAUACGAGUUUAGCGCAUAUAAACGAGUUUGACUCGAUACAUAAAUUAAGUACAGGGUAAUGAAAUGCGUAGAGAGUAGUUGUGUAGUUAAUGAGGGCAGUCUAUGUUGCAAACGAAAAAACACUUUUAUAUUU